AUGACGACCAGAUUACCUACGCCUCCACCUUCACCUACCAUCCCCCGGCUGGUCCUCUGUGCCGAUGGAGGUGGAUCAAAAGUAUGUGUGGUGAUUCGUUCGAGCGACGGUAUAGAGGUCAAAGGAAUAGCUGGUCCAUGUAACAUUCAAAGUGUAGGAUACCAAGCUGCCUCUCAAUCAUUAUUACUGGCUACCUAUCGAGCUUUAUCCCAACUUUCCAAUAUUUACCUUCCCUCCGACUUAUACAUCCCUUCUCUUCCCCUUUUACCUUCCAAAGGUGGACCUUCUACAUAUCAGAAAUUACCGAAUCUCAAUGUAUCGGUAUUCCAAUAUGCCUGGUUAGGUCUGGCAGGGGUGAAUUGUGAAUCGGACGCUAGGGGAUUUAUGCCUUUCGCGAGUGACGCUCUGGCUCUGACUACAGAAAAAAUAAAAUUGUCAAAUGAUGUCAAUCUCCUUGCUGCACCUGCAUUGGAUAUACCGGGUAUAGAUCAUGUCGUAACGGUAGUUGCUGGAACAGGUACUAUAGGACGGACCAUCAGGAUUAGGUCAAGUAGCAAAUUACCGUUGGAAGAUAUAGGUAUAGCUAGAGGAUGGGGAUAUCUGCUAUGCGAUGAGGGUUCUGCAUUUUGGCUUGGUCGACUAGCCAUACGGAGUGUCCUGGCACUUGCUGAUCGACACGCAUCAUCAUCCAUCUAUUCAUCCUCUCCACCACCUCUGUUGGCCUUGCAUCGUGACAUACUUGGAUAUUUCGGUACGACCGACCCUGCAGAUCUGAUAACCCUCGCCUCGCUCUCGAAUAGUAUAUUCGAUGGACUAGACAUCGGAGAAGCUACGGCUAAGAGGAACGCCAAGAUCGCCGCAGCGGCCAGGGUGGUCCUCAAAUGGGCGUUUCCAGAUGAAAAUCCUGUGAGGAAUGGAUUACCGACUCCUCCCGGGAGUACCGAUGGAGAAGUAGAAGAUAGUAGUGAUGUCGACAUGGAUAUGGAGAGUGAAGCUGAAGUAGAAUUGGAAAUGAUAUCUGGACUUGGGACAGAUGAGAAAUCACAAAAGGAAGCUAUGAAGAUUGUUUCAAAAUCGAUCCAACCAUUGGUUGAGUUAACAUUAGAAUGUCUGGGAGAUAUGAGUGUGGUCAAAUUGGAUAAAACGAUAUUGGUAUUGGGUGGUGGGUUGAUGAUGUCCAAAGGAUAUAGAAGUUUAUUGUUAGAUGGGUUAGCGGAGACGGAGGACAAGGUCAGAUUCAAGAGGGUAUUGAAAGUUGAUGAUAGUGCUGUUGAAGGUGCGAGGGCAUUGGGGAAAAUAGAAUUUGGAUAUCAACCAUAUACAAAGUGA